AUGGAAACUAUUCGCCUUUGCCUUAUAGCUGCCGCAUUGUCGGGAAUCAUAAUUUGGUUCUUUGUAAGUACUUCAAUACUUACGAAAAUACUUCCAUUAUUUGGAGAGAACACUAUUCAUUAACAAAAAUGUUUUAACUAUUACGAUCACGUUACCUUUCAUUUUUCAUGAUGAAGUUUAAAACGCGGUUUUACAUUUGAUAGGGGAAUGACGGCAAACAGUCAUUGUACACAUUAAUAAUGAACAUAGACAAUAGAGCCAUGACUUCCAUUCAGCAUGACAUUCGUUUAGUGUUAUUGGGUUGGAACGGUUAAAUGCUAAUAUUUUUUUGUUUAUAGGAUCACAAAGCAAACUCCGGUCAUUUCCCUCCAUCAUUUUGGAUAAGCAUACGUGAAGGCUUAUGGUGGGCCAUUGUUACCGCGACAACUACGGGGUAA